AUGGUUGAUGAAUUCAUGGUUUGUGUUGAUAGAAUAAUAGCUUCUGCUGCAUGCUUUGAGGGUUCAUCAUCAUCAGAGAGCGAUAGAGAAACUAGUAUUAAUUUUAAUGCUGCUGAAAAUGUUAAUGCAUUUACUGGAAUGGUUUCUUUGAAAAAAUGUAAUAGCUUUAAAGGAAAUGGUAUUGGUGAAGGAAGUUCAACAAAGGAAAGUGUGAGAGAGUGUAGGAUUUGUCAAGAGGAAGAUGAGGAGAAAGAUAUGGAGGCUCCUUGUGCUUGCAAUGGCACUCUCAAGUUUGCCCAUCGAAAGUGCAUUCAGAGAUGGUGCAACAAAAAGGGCGGUAUAACCUGCGAAAUAUGCAAUCAGGUUUUCUCACCCAAUUAUGCAGUUCCAGCUCCAAGAACCAAUGCUGAUGUUAUGACUAUUGAUAUCAGGCAAGCUUGGGCUCAACACAUUAGUCUUCGGGAUCCUCAUUUCUUGACUUUCACGACAGCUGAUCGUCAGUUUCUGCAAUCAGACUACGAGGACUAUACCAUCGCAAGUGGAACUCUCGCAUGUUUUCGCUCCGUGGUUAUCAUUCUGAUGUUACUCUUGCUGAUAUGCCAAACUUUAAUGGUCACAAGAGACUUUGGGUUGGUGCAGGCAUCAUCAGGUUUCUUCCAUUAUCAGAUAUCUGUUCUUCAGUUGGCCGGAAUUCUUAUCCCUUGCUAUGUGGUGGUCCGUUCGUGGUACAUUAUACAAUGCCGGCGGAGGAGACAGGGAUCAGAAUGA